AUGUACUGUAGUAGGAAUACACCUACGGAUUGCCAGGAGAGAUUAGCAGCAAUACUCGGGGUCAAACAGGUGCUAGGCACAGGCAAAUAUCUAGGACUCCCAUCUAUGAUUGGUAGGAGUAAGAAAGCGACUUUCAAGUUUGUUAAGGAUCGAAUUUGGAAAAAGAUCAAUUCAUGGAGUAGUCGGUGUCUCUCGCAAGCAGGGAGAGAAAUUCUGAUCAAAUCUGUCCUUCAAUCCAUACCCUCCUAUGUGAUGAGUAUUUUCUUAUUACCGGGCACUUUCAUUAGCGAAAUAGAGAAAAUGCUUAAUGCCUUUUGGUGGGGUCAUAAUUCUACCAAUUCACGAGGCUUACAUUGGUUAUCAUGGGAGCGUCUCUCUGUCCCUAAGAUCUUUGGAGGAAUGGGCUUCAAGAACCUCCGAGCCUUCAAUUUGGCAAUGAUCGGAAAGCAAGCAUGGAAGUUGGUCACUAACCCGAAUGCAUUAAUCACUAGACUACUCAAAGCUAAAUAUUAUCAACAUAGUGAUUACUUUAGUGCUUCUCUAGGACAUAAUCCAAGUUAUGUUUGGAGAAGUCUUUGGAAUGCGAGAGAUUUUAUCAAGCGCGGGUUAAAGUAG